GUGCAACAGAGCUCGAGGGAAGCAAGGGGGAAGUCGAAAAACGAAACGGAAAAAAAUGAGCCUCAUGGUGGCUUGGCUGCUGCUUCUGCUGGUGCAGUGGAUGGGAUCGGCAGUGGCGCAACCCUUUCCCAACUAUCAUGCGAACUUUGUGGACAUUGAGCAGCAGAAGAAUGCGCCCAAAUGGUGGCAAACGGGCGCCUUCUAUCAAAUUUACCCAAGGUCAUUUAAAGACAGCAAUGGCGACGGCGUGGGCGACCUGAACGGCAUCGCGGAUCGUUUGCCAUAUCUGAAGGAACUGGGCAUUACGGCCACUUGGCUAUCGCCCAUCUUCACCUCGCCCAUGGCGGACUUUGGCUACGACAUUGCCAAUUUCACGGAAAUAGCACCCAUCUUUGGCACCAUGGCUGACUUCGAGCACCUGAUGAAGGUGGCCAAGCAGCUGGAUGUGAAGAUCAUUUUGGACUUUGUACCGAAUCACUCGAGUGAUGAGUGCGAUUGGUUCAAGCGUUCCGCUGCAGGCGAACCGGACUACAAGGACUUCUAUGUGUGGCAUCCCGGGCGCAUGGUGAACGGCACGCGUCAGCCGCCCAGCAACUGGCGGAGUGUGUUCCGCGGCUCCGCUUGGCAGUGGCACGAGGGACGACAGGAGUACUAUCUGCAUCAGUUCCUGAAGAAGCAACCGGAUCUCAAUUAUCGAAAUCCCAAAGUGCGAGAGACCAUGAAGAAUGUUCUCCGCUUCUGGUUGUCGAAGGGCGUGGCCGGCUUUCGCAUUGAUGCGGUGCCGAGCGUGUUUGAGAUAGCGCCCGAUGCAGCGGGUCAAUAUCGCGACGAGCCCCGCAACGAGUGGGUCAAUGAUCCGGAUGACUACGGCUAUCUGCAGCACAUAUACACAGUGGAUCAGCCGGAGACAGUUGCCAUGGUCUACGAUUGGCGCGCCGUGCUGGACGAGUUCAAGGAGGGCGACGAGCGCAUCUUGCUGGCCGAGACCUAUUCACCCAUCGAUAUUGUGAUGCAGUACUACGGCAAUGCAACGGCCCAGGGAGCUCAGCUGCCGUUCAACUUUCUGCUGAUAACCGAAAUCUCGAACAAUUCCAAUGCGAACGACUACGCACGGACCAUACAGAAGUGGCUGCAGCACAUGCCGAAGGGUCGCACAGCCAACUGGGUGCUGGGCAACCACGAUCAGUGGCGCGUGGGCUCGCGCCUGGGCGCUGAUCGCGUGGACAUGCUGAAUAUGCUGAUCACCACAUUGCCGGGCGCCAGCGUGACCUAUCAGGGCGAGGAGCUGGGCAUGACCAAUGUGUGGAUAUCCUGGAAGGACACCGUCGAUCCCUCCGCCUGCAAUACCAAUGCCAGCAUCUAUGAGCGCUUCUCGCGCGAUCCCGAGCGCACGCCCUUCCAGUGGAGCGGCGAGGCCGAUGCUGGCUUCAGCAAUGCCAGCAAGACGUGGCUGCCCAUUGCCGUGGACUAUAAGUGGGUCAAUGUCGAGGAGGAGAGUAAACAGAGCUUGAGUCAUCUGAAUAUCUACAAGAAUCUGCUGAGGCUCAAACGUCAAGCGAAAACCUUGCAGCAGGGCGAAACUGAGGUGAAGGCUUUGAGUGAUGCGGUUCUGGGUGUCAAGCGUUUCCUUACGCAUGACUUUAUCUACGUGACGGUGCUGAACAUCUUUGAUGGCGUUGAAACCGUCAAUCUGAAUCAAAGCUUCUCAGAUCUGACAGCCCAAAUGGAGGUUGUGCUGGUUUCAGGAAACCCUGACCUGAAAGUCGGUGAUCGUAUCAAUGUCUCCGCGCUGCAGCUGCUACCCAAGGAGUCGCUGGUUCUGCGAACUAUCUCCACUUACUACACGUACUAUACGAAUGGGGAGCAGCGUCAGCUGCCUGUGCUGGGCAUUUACCUGGUGCUGGCUCAAGUGCUGCUCUAUCUGAGCUCUCGUUGAGCUCUGUAGUUGUUAAGUGAUAAAAAUACCAAAUAAAUACUUACACACAAUCUAA